AUGAACGGCACUCCCCGCCUUCCGUCUGCAUUUCCGCAGACGCCUCAGACUCUUCCACGGAGAAGGAAGCUUUUCGAAACCCCCUCUCGGUCUCAGCCUCGCGAUUUGCGCGAAGUGAAGUCGUCUCCCUCCAAGUCGCCUCCGAAGGCGCCGAAACCACCCCAGAGCACCAACCAGCCGCUUGUCCCCAUCGAGUUGAUUGACGCCCCCUCGCAACGACUUUAUGUGGUAGCGUUCUAUUUCGCACUCAACGUGUGGCGCGUUUAUGAGUCUUUGACGGCAUCGGAUGAACUGGAUUCGACUUGGCUGUUUCUGAAAUGGGUCGCUGUCGAUCUUGUCUUCCUCUUUGGUCUCCAGGCUUUGCGCAUUCCCUGGCUGGAAUGGGCGUUUCCAACCACACUUGCGCUGUUCCUGCUGCAUGUUGUGGGAAACAUUUUUCUGAUGUUUCGCAUACCGUUACCCUUCGGUGCAUGGCUUUCGGGCUUGAUCAAAAUAGCCUAUGACCGUGAGCUGUCGAUCUCCGAACGUAAGGUCAAGCCGGGUGACAUAAUUCACAAUGCUUCGUUGAUCCUCGGAAAGCAAAUCGUACACAUCUUGCCUGAAGGAUCUGCCGUUCUUAACCCUGAUCGCGACCCUCUCUGCCUUGACUCUCAGAAGACUACCGUAGAGCUUCCCAUCCGGGUCAACCAGACAGAUCCGAUACUCAUCGAAAUUCUUCGUCUUGAUCUCAACACAGGCGAAAAUGAAACCUUAACCAUUCCAUCAAAGCAGCUAAAGCAACUGAAGCGCCAGGCUGACAAAAGACGUGCUGGUCUCGAACAAGGUGCUCAUAGAGACCUGUUCGUCCCCGUGCGCAAAACCGGAGUUUAUCGCCUGCAAAGGGUCGUGGAUGAGUCUCAACUUGAUGUUCGAACACGCAUCUCUGACGCUUUGGUGGUCUCCUGUCCACGGGCAUUGAUCAAGAACUCUCACACCAACAAAUGCAAGGGCGAACUAUCAAACUUGAUUCUUGAGGUUGAAGGUACGCCUCCACUGAAGAUCAAGUACAGUCGACAGGUCAACGAGCACGACCGUGGUUUCUCCUUUCAAAAUAUCCAGCCAGAUAAUCUACGGUCCCCGCUCAUGGGCCAGAGAUCGACUGGUGCUCUCUUCAGUAUCAACCAACCCGAUAUCUCGUGGGCUCAAAGUCAGAAGAUCGACGUUCCGCUAAACGAGUCGCUCAACAUUGGUGGAGAAUGGCUCUAUGCCAUCGAGGAAGUUCACGACGCGUCUGGCAAUAUUGCAAAUUACUCCACUCUCUUCGAGGAGGGCGAAAAGCCGUCGUCAAAGUCUCCUUCUCAAUGGCACCAGUUCUCAAUCCACGAGCGUCCCCGUGUGUCAUUGGUGGGCUGCGACGAUCAACGUCCACUGGAAGUCGCUCGCGGAGACAGCAUCAACCUUCCUACCGCUUUUCAAAGUGUUGGAAAUGGGUAUGCUGAUGAUGGCCCUUUUACCCUAUCAUACACCUUCGGCAACGCCCAUGCCUCUGAAAGAGAGGGGGCCGUUUCAGCCGCAAAGUCUAUCUCCUUGAAGAGCCUAGACGAGAAGACGCCCAUUAAGGAGCCUGGUUGGUAUUCUCUCUCAUCAGUGGCCAGCCAAUACUGCCCCGGAGAAAUAUUGGAGCCGUCAUCUUGCUAUUUGCACAACCCUCCCGAGCCCGAGCUGUCUGUCAAGGCGGAGAAGGUGUUUGACCGGUGUGCCAACAAUGCCAUUGGUCUUUUGGUCGAUCUAGACCUGACGGGGUCGCCACCAUUCCGUCUCCGUUAUAGCAUUGAAAGCUCUAAGGGUGCAGCGGUUACAAGGACCCAGAAAAUCGACGGGCUUCGGACCCAGUUGGAUCUCACGCCACCAGAGGCGGGAUUUUAUCGAUACCGAUUCUUGGAUAUUGAGGAUUCUGUUUAUUCCCCGCGGUCCCUGAAAGACAAAGUGCCUCUACUUGAGCAGGAUGUCAAGCCGCCGGCUUCGGCACAUUUCCUUGGCCAAGGAAAGGUUCGCAAGGCCUGCUUUGGCGAAUCUGUUUCUGUGGAUUUGACAUUUUUGGGCGAGGCUCCCUGGACACUGCAGUAUGAACUCGUCAACAACGGAAAGAGGACGAAGCAUACGCUCGAGUCCGAGACCGAGACGGCGACCAUUACAACCGAUAAAUUGGUGAAUGGUGGCGAAUAUGUGCUGUCAUUGACUAGCGUCAAGGACAAGUCGAACUGCAAACGGACUCUUAAAGAAAGUGUCAGGAUCGACGCUCGGUCGAAGCCGCCCCAUGCUGCCUUCGGUCAGGUCGAAAAGAAGCGAAGCGUUACCGCCUUGCAAGGUGAAAAGAUACGAAUCCCAUUGAGACUCAGUGGCGAGCGACCAUGGACGGUGAAAUAUCAGAACCAGAGGGUCAGCUCUUCCGUCAUGGAAAUGACAUUCUGGGAUAGCAACAGCAUCCUUGCGGUCGAUCGUGAGGGCUUGUGGGAGCUCGUCGAAAUUUUUGAUAAGUCAUGCCCUGGCUCAGUGGACAAUACUGCCAACGAAUUUGAAGUUUCGUGGAUCCCAAGGCCCCGUGUCACCGCCGUCGAUAGCUCGCCUCUGGAAAGGGAGGGUCAACUUAUUAACCAGUAUGUGAAGCCCGAGGUUUGCCAAGGUGAUGACGACAGUCUCGAACUUCGUCUCUCUGGCAGCCCCCCAUUCGCCAUCAAGUAUGAGCAGCGACGCAAAACGGAUCGCGGGCUGUCCUCUGCCCGUUCUCGCGAUCUCAAUGCCAUCUUGAAUGUUGCUACAAUGGAUAUGGACACCUCCGAGCCUGGCCAGUACAGUUACAAGUUCACUCGAGUGGGCGAUAAUCUGUAUGAUCAUGACCUGCAAAGUGAUAACCUGGUUGUUACGCAGAAGGUUAACACACUGCCAUCCGCCAAGUUUGAUUCUCCUGGCCACAUUUACGGCUUUUGCAAAGAAGAUGCAACUGGCGAAGAAACUAUCCCCAUCACUCUGGAAGGUGUGCCGCCUUUCUCUUUGGAGAUCACCAUCAAGCACCAUUCCAAUGCCAAGCCGGAAACCGUCACAAUCCCCAAAAUCAACUCGAAUCGCCAUAAUCUGCCUAUUCCUCGGCGUCAUCUGGACCUUGGGCAACAUGUCGUUAGUAUUCACAAAGUUCGCGACUCCCGUGGCUGCCAACGGACCACCGAAUUUGAUACAUCAUCUGUUCGGGUAGCCGUUUCGGAUGUUCCAACGAUUAUUCCGCUCGAGUCUAAGGUUGACUACUGUGUCGGUGAACGACUUUCUUUCGCCCUUUCUGGACACGCACCGUUCGAAGUAUUUUACACCUUCAACGGCGCGCAGCGGAAGGCCACUUCACAGAACACUGAUUUCCGUCGUAUCGCAGAGCGCCCUGGUGACUUCACCAUCACUGCUGUGGGUGAUGGAGCCAGUGGCAAGUGCAAGGCGCACAAAGAUAUUACCAAGGUCAUCCACGAGAUGCCUAGUGUACGGAUCAGCAAGGGUCAGGUAUCCGUGGUUGAUAUUCACGAAGGUGGAGAAGCUGACCUUCACUUCGAGUUCUGGGGCACACCACCUUUCGAAUUCACUUAUAUUCGAAGCUCCAAUGCUCAAAAGGGCAAGAAGUCAGAGAUCCUGGAUAUCAAGCACGAUAUUUCUUACGAGCAUUUCAAGACUGUCAAGACUUCCGAUGAAGGUACUUACGAGGUUGUGGCGAUCAAGGAUAAGUUCUGUUCGUUCUCCUCGCAAGUCCCGACAGGCAGGUCAGACCGAGGCUAUUCAUGA